AUGACGCCACGGGAUAUUGCAAAUCACAGGGCUGCCCUUCAGAGACAAGAAAAGGGAGGAAGGAGUGAGUCUGAAAUGCUGCGAGAUACGCUGCUGGAUUUAUGUGUGGCCGAUUCUGGCGUUGCAAUCAACACAGUGAAAGACACUGACGGCAUUGUGCAAGUACUCUUUGUCCAAACAACAGAAAUGAGAGAGAAUGUGCGGAAGUAUGGUGUGGUGGUGCAUCUAGACCACACAUAUAAAAUUGAUAAAAAUGCUAUGCCUGUGGCAAUAUUAAUGGUGAGGGAUGGUGCAGGACUUGGGAGAGUUGCUGGAAUAGCAUAUGUGAGCAAUGAGGAGAAAGUUACAGUCGCCUCUAUUUUAGAAGCUUUUAAGGAAUCAAUUGGCGAAGAAGUAGCCAACAAUAUUUGGACAUUUGUCAUAGACAAGGACUAUUCAGAGGCUGGUGCCAUCAAUAAGAUUUUCCCCAAAGCUGCAAUCCAGCUAUGCUUAUGUUGGUAUGAUUCUAAUAUGGUCCACUCAAGAUGGAAGAUUCAAAAGCCCUCUGAAAACAAAACUGCGAGCGAUACCAAUAGAGGUAUGAUCACCAGUAAGACUAUUCCAGCCAAGACAGUCCCAAAAACUUCUAAUCAAAGAUUCAGCAUGGCCAAUGUUCUAUGCCAGAAAAUUUGUAACGUGUUGGCUGCCUGUGGAAAAGAACAAUAUGCACUGCGGUACAAGGUACUGCAAGAUUUGUUCCAUACUUGGUGUGAGGGUGAAGAAGUCACGGUGUCAGUUUCUUCAGAAGGACAUGUUGCCUGCAACACUGGAAUCAGAAAUAAUACUCAAAACCAUGAGGAGUCAAACAUCAAAGGGCCACCUAUUAACCAACAAAUAGAUUGUGAAACAUUUGGCACAAAUACCUCAACUCCAAUUAUGGUUGAAAUUCCACUAGAUGAGGAUCAGAAUUCAAUCACACUCACAGGUUCUGCAACUUGUAAUCUACAAGCCCUGAAAGAGACUAUAGGCAAUAUUACACUGCCUCCAUCAGUAAAACAUAAAGGUAGACGGAAGGCUAUGACUAAAACCAAUGAUGGUCGCUGGCAAAAAGGGAAAGGAUUUAAGAAAAGUGUUACCAAUCGUCCACGUGGUGUCAUAAGGUCACUGGAGGAGAAAAGAGAAGAUGCUGCACAGAAACGCAAGAUACGCGCUGUAAAUAUUUCAGAUGACGAUGUUAAGAAGGUUGGGAAUACUUGGACAAUUGUCUCACAGACUGACAGAAGUACGACCUAUACUGUUUCUAAAAAGUCUCUACUCUUUUCAACUUGCAUGUGUAUAACUGGUCACUGUGGUCAGUGCUUGACAUGUACAUGCAAGGAUACAAACAAACCCUGCAAGCAUGUCUUAAAAAUUGUUGAUUACUGCCAGAACAAUGGAACAGAACAGUUGAAGCCUAUGUCAGUCCAGGAGACAUGUAGUAACCCAACAUUAACAAAUGAUGGCUCACAGAAUUCAGUACUUGAAGAAG